GGGCGCCCCCUCCGCUUCUCUGGCCUUUAGAAAAGUUGACAAUUGUGGUUGAAAAUAUGGCUGUAAGCUAACUGAUUCUCUUUGUUUGAAUUGCAAUGUUUUGAAAUGAAAAGCCGUACAAACACAGCUGAAAGGGUAGCCUUUAGUACAAAUCAAGGUUAUAGAUGAUGUGCGCGAGUGAAUGUUGUUAAAGGUUUUGGCUAAUGAUUCGCACGAAAGCAACGGAUUAUACGAAUCACAGGGUGGAAAUUGUAUGAAAAGCCGAGGGUAAAACGUGAGUGGAAAAAAUUAGUGGUAUAUCGAGGUGGCGAUUUCAAUUGCAGUGGCCUGUGAAUGUGCGCUCGACCACGGUGCAUUCACAGAUACGGGUGGUCGGGCUCGCUCUAAUGGUUGGCCGUCAACCUCUUGGAGAAUUAGCAAUGCCCUAGAGAUGUCUAGUGCUGCAGUAGUUAAUUCCGUGAAAAUGCCGAUGUCUAGAACGCAGUUAUUUCCUGUAUCUUCUCAUUCAUACAUCCAAGAAGGUGGCGGCGGCAAUUUACCGCCUCUCAAUAAGGGCUCACUGAAAGAACAGAGUCCUCCUGCUGCCUCGACGGCCUCAUCAGCGAACUCGGCGGGCCUGCCCGAAUUAACAGUUGGGGGCUCUUGUGCAUUGCAAUGUAUGCAACCACACAUUACUAGGGGUGCAACACUCACACAAGUUAAAACAACAGUAUCCGGAUCUGAAUGUAAACCCAAAACAAUGGUAGCAAGCCCUGAACAGGUUAUGAAACUAUAUAUGAACAAACUUACCCCGUAUGAACAUCACGAGAUAUUCAACUAUCCUCAGAUUUAUUUUAUCGGUGCCAAUGCGAAAAAGAGACCUGGAAUUAUUGGUAACCCGAAUAACUGUGAUUAUGAUAAUGAUCAGGGUUCGUACAUUCACAUUCCACAUGAUCACGUUGCUUAUCGUUACGAAGUUCUAAAAGUAAUCGGCAAGGGAUCUUUUGGGCAGGUAGUUAAAGCUUAUGAUCAUAAAAAUCAUAUGCACGUUGCACUUAAAAUGGUACGGAAUGAGAAGAGAUUUCAUCGACAAGCUCAGGAAGAAGUCCGUAUACUCGAGCAUUUGAGGAAACAAGAUAAAGACAAUACUAUGAACAUUAUUCAUAUGUUAGACUCAUUUACCUUUAGAAAUCACAUGUGCAUUACAUUUGAAUUGCUUUCUAUUAACCUUUAUGAACUUAUUAAAAAGAACAAAUUUCAAGGCUUCAGUUUGCAGCUUGUUCGUAAAUUUAGUCAUUCGUUACUACAAUGUUUAGAUGCCCUCAACAGAAAUAAGAUUAUUCACUGCGAUAUGAAACCUGAAAAUGUGCUACUGAAGCAGCAAGGAAGAAGUGGUCUUAAGGUUAUCGACUUUGGGUCUUCUUGUUACGAGCAAAACCGCGUGUACACAUAUAUCCAGUCCCGAUUCUACAGAGCCCCGGAAGUAAUAUUGGGAGCUCGUUAUGGAAUGCCGAUAGAUAUGUGGUCAUUAGGUUGUAUUUUAGCUGAAUUAUUGACGGGUUUCCCUUUAUUACCGGGUGAAGACGAAGCUGAUCAGUUAGCUUGUAUUAUGGAAUUGUUAGGAUUACCUCCUCAAAGAUUGCUCGACCAGUCCAAACGAGCCAAAAACUUUAUAAGUUCUAAAGGUAUUCCUCGUUAUUGUAGUUGCUCAACUCUGUCCGAUGGAACGGUAGUCCUCAGCGGAGGCUUAAGUAGAAGAGGUAAGCCACGAGGCCCCCCUGGAUCGAAGGAUUUGAAAAGGGCUCUUAAAGGUUGUGACGAUCCAUUGUUUCUCGAUUUCAUACAACGGUGCCUGGAAUGGGAUCCAGAUGCUCGGAUGACUCCUAGUGCCGCGUUGCGGCACGCUUGGCUUCGCAGAAGACUACCACGGCCGCCGAACGAGAAAGAACAGAAUAGUGCUAGUGUCGCACGUACAACUCCAACAGGGCCUCGAACUCCCAAAUCUGGAGGGGGUUCUACAGCUAAUACGCUGUUUUCUAAUAAUCGUGUUCAACUUUCUGAUGAUAGAUCGAGUAUCCUUCAUACUGGUAAAUUACCACCUGUCACGUAGCCAAACCUUAAGCUUCCUUAGUGCUCCUAUUAAGUAAUUAAUUAGCAAAUCAUAUCGAUGUAUGAGGAAUGUAUGCAUCCGAAUAUAUAUUUAUAUACACACGCGUAUAUGAAGUUGUUUCUAAAAUGAUACUGAACUGAAACGGGAAGUAAAACAUGUGAUUUUUAACGAUGAACGUGGGUCCAAAAACUCUUAGCAAAAAAGUUACAGGGUGAUAAAAGUGCACUGCCAAAGACGUAUUAUUUUAAAUAAAAAUGGCUGCUUAGAUCCAACUGAAUCGAUUGCGAUAAUUUCAUGCUAUAAUAGUUUUUGCCAUUUUCGAGAAAAUUAGCAGUAAAUAUUUUUAUGCACUUUAGCGACACAUUUAAUAAUAUUUAUUAAUUUCCCAUGUAGGAUAGGCAUUUUUUUCAUUAGCAGGCCUUAAUCCUGGCAUUAAUUACUCUCUUUUCGCAUGGCAUUUUUGAUUUUCAAAAGAUGUAUGACCAAAGUGCAUAAAAAUUUAUUGGUAAUUUUCUUGAAAAUAUUGCAGAUUAUCCGAAUACAAGAAGGGUACAUUGUGAUUUUAAAGAUGCUUUUUCAGGAAUUGAAAUGACAACCGAAAAAAACAAUUUUUUUAAUAUUAAAAAAUUCUUAGUUACCUUGUGCCACUCGACCAUUAUUGGUGGGGAACAAACCCCGGUGACAUUAUUGCUAUCGAUAAUCUAAGGACCAUUGCAUUUGAUUUUGGAGUUAAAAAAUGUAUUUUUGACAAUGCACCUUUAUCAUCAGCAAUUUCGAACCCAUGUUUGCAGUAAUAUUAGUGCUUGAAAUUUCAUUUUUUGUCCUGUUUCAAUUUGGCACCAUAUUUUAAAACACUCUGUAUCUCUGAAGCGAAUAGUCUCUAUACUUUAAGGAUAGCUGCCUUGGAUAAAAAUAAAAGGAUGCAACUUGAGUGAAAAUAAACUGAUUUUAGUCUAUUUUUAUCCAAAGAAUAAUACCUCUACUCUUGAAGCAUUAGCCUACUCGUUUUGGUGUAUGUAUGUGUAUAUACAUACAUACGUAUGCAUGUAUGAAUGUACGUACGUGUGGGAAUAUUUACAUUAGUGUGCUGCAAAGAAUUUAGGGGUGUUCUGAAGAACAUUUUUUGUUUUUUUCUGUCCCCCAUUAUCGUGUUGUUCUUGUAUGGCUAUCUCGUAUUCCAUUAUCAUGGUAUUUAUUGAUCAUGUCUCAUAAAAACGCACUCGAAGGUAUAGAUGUGCAAUAAUAAAGGUAUUCAUACAUUUCUUUGACUUACUUAAGAUUAUGCAUUUUUUAUAACGAUUUUGUGUGGAGUGUCUUAAAACUGUGUCAGGAUGGUAUGUUUUUUCUCUUAGUUUUAAAAAUCUGUUUUGGGAACUGCUGUAAUUGCAGUUAACUUUUUUGAGAAGGAAACACGUAUUGAAAUUACUGCCAUUAUGUACCAAUCAAAUCACUAAUAUCUACCUUUAAGUAUAGUUUUUAUAUUGUUAUGAGUUGCUCAAGUAAUAUUUCUUAUUUCCUGGGAUGUAUAUAUCAAGCAGAUUGAAUCAUAUUUUAUUAGACAGUAAUUAUUUACCAAUUAUUUUAAUAUCAAUUUAGGAUUAAACUUCAGGGAAUUUAAAUGACACAGUUUGGUUUGAGCACAACGACUGUUUUUUUUUUCCUGUAAAACUAGCCUUUUUACUUUUGUGUGGAUGAGGUGUAAGAGCUUUAAUCUUUUUGAUUCUUUUUUUUUGACAGUUACUGUCAAAGUGAUACAUAGAUUGUAUGAAAUACAUACAUUUUUUCUACUGUUAAUGUAGUAUGCUUGCCUAUUUACUGUUACAAAUCCUCGGAAUUUGCAGUUGUGCCCGAGGAGUUGUAGAAUAGUGACAAACUAGGUUGGUAGAGACUGUUACAAAUUUUAAACAUUUGUUUUUGUGCCUCCUACAUAUUUUUUGUUGCAAACCAUGUGCACUAAAAAUAAGGCAGAACUCACAAUUCCAUUUUUUUUUUACACAAGCCACACAGAUUUUUAUUUUUUAAGACAGUAUAUUUGAUUUGUGAUAAUUUUAAUAUAGUAUCAUGAAAUCUUAUGUCUGAUAGGAGUGGUUCAUUAUAUUUACCAAAGUCCUAACCUCAUCACAUUGGUUUUUUCAUAGCGAAUCGUGAAAUAAAUUCAAAGUAAUAGUAGUGUCAUUGGUGGAUAAAUUGUCAGUGUUUUUAGUUUGUACUUUCUCUUCUGGCUGUGUACAUAUUAGUGCCUCUAGAAAUCAAAGUAGUAUAUCUACGUUGCACUUGUUUGUAAGUAGUCUUAAUCUGUAAAUAUAAUUUUAAGGAUAACUUGCCGAACCCUCGUCUCAGUUCGGUUAUUUGACUGACACUGCGUGUGUUGUCAUUUUUGACAAAACACAACCCUUCGUGUUACUAUAUUUUAAAAUCUUAGAAACUAAUCCUAACGAUUCUCAUUCUCCGAAAUAUUUCCAAUAAUGUUUUAUUCGACAAAUUGUUUAUUGGAAUGUGUUAGGUCAGUUUGUCUUUUGAUUUAGUAUGACACUUUUCUAUGUGUUCGCGUAUUGUUUAUGUUAAGUAGGUUUUGACUGAGAAUUAUAAGGUAAAUUUAACGCACAGAUUUACUUCCUUUCGCCGUCAUUUUAUAUACGUUUCUGUGACAUCUCUUAUAGUUUCUCGUAUAUAUAUAUUCAUUUCAGUCAUAAAGUAUGUGAUAAACAUUAUAUAGUGUAGACCUGUAAACUUAUAUACAUUUUUAAUUAUUAUAUACUUAGUCAGUAUUUUUUAUAUAUUAUUAUUUAUUUGCUUUUAUUAUUUAUGUCAUAUUUCUUUCAUUUUGUAAUCAUAUAAUUUUCUGCAGUUAUACUAGUUUGUCAAGGCGUCAAGUUUUUUUUGGAAUUGAAUGUUCAUCAAAAAGUGUUAAUUUCUGAAGAGAAUAGAGAUCAGUUUGACAGCCAAUUAUAAAAUUAUAGCCACUACUUGAGUAACUAGUAUAAGCACUAAUAUCAGCAUUCAUAUCAAUUUUACCGUGCAGGUGGAUCAGUUUUUUCUAUGUUAGAAACACUUUUAUAUUUGAAUGUAUACUGUUAUACAUAUUCGUACCAUUUUUAUGAUGGUUUAUAUUAUUUAUUUAAUUCUAAUUUAGUGCAGAGUCAACCAAAACAUUGCAAAACUUGAGUGAAUCGUAUUGAAAAUAAUUUAGCAAUUAAAUUAACUAAAAUUUUAAAUACUGUUAAAUUAAUGUACACGAUAAAUUUUUAGGCGAUGGCAACGCUUUGCAGGAUAUUUGCCAAAUUGUAGAAGACGAUUUUUAUAUUUUUGUGUUACUUUAACGCAUUUCUUGCUAAAAGCUUUCAUCCCAUAUCAGCAGGUUAUGGUAAUCAAGUACGCUAUGAACUAUCUGAAAUAGGCCUAAGCAUUGACGAAUGAUUAAUAUUUUGGGCAGGACCCCAUGAAAUUAUUAUUCAGGAUGUUCACAGUCCAAAUUACGCAAAUAAAUGGGUUUUAACUAUUUUCAAUUAUUGUAACGAAUGUGAUACAUAAAAUAAACAUUUUGUAUUUAUUAGUAUACAUUACUAUCAUGUUACAAUUCACGUGACGUUGAGGAGAUGUGACACAAACGUAUCAUAUAAAUAAUAUACUUGACCUUAUUGGUAUGACUGUCAAUUUUGCUAUUCUGUCACCGCUUGGCUGGUUAUGAUCCUAUUAGUUUUCUCGCAAAAUAUGUAUAAAUGUGUGUUGUAGUGAAAAAUGUUGACUGUUAUUGCCUGACCAAUACUAGGAAACUACUUAGAUUUAUUUGAAAAUUUCAUAAACCAUUUGCUGUUAUACCAGUAUAAUAUUUUUGCAAUAUUUCUUUAAAUUAUGAGAAACAAAAUAUUUUGGAAUGUACUAGCAGCGGAUAUAAUAAAUUGCAUAAAAUGAUCUGUAUUUCUGCAAUUAUCCCAUAAAUUCUUAAAAAUUAUUAAAGAAUGGAUUUUCAAAAUAAUGUAUAAGAUAUAGCAAUGAAAUUACAUGCCUUUAUUAGAUUAUGUUGUUACUAUUAUUUUGAAGAUCUGUAUUAAAAAAUCGUCGAUAUAUUGUAUAUAAUUUUUUAUAUCGGAAGCUGCCAGUAAAUGACUUAAAACUAAAUUCAUUUAUUUAAGUAGGCUGUAGAUAAUAGUGAUAAGUAAUUGUGGGGCCUGUUGUGCUCAUAUUUUUUUUUGUACAUAUUGAUAUAUGGCCUCAACUGCCGACUGCUGCAUAAAGGGCUUGAUCUCUUUUAAUGUUACUUAUUUUUACACUUCAAACUAUUAUGUUAGUUUAAUUUUCAUGAUCAAAUUGAGACUUUUAUUGUUAGUUUUAAUCUUAUUUUGACGAUUUGCAAGAACAUAACUGCUAAGUUCAACAGAUGUUUAAGUCUAGCAAUGAUGUGAUUGUAUGUAAUUUUAAGUCAUGUUUAUAUAUCAUACUAAUAGAAUUUAAAUAAAUUUCUCUUUAUUA